AUGUCCAACGGAAAGAGCAGCGAACCAAAAGUUGACGGCGCGAAGGACCUCCCCGUGGAACUGAAGAAAGGCAAGAAGAGAAAGAGAGUUCAGCCAGCGAAAGAUGGCUGGAGUGGCAAGAAGGGAGCCGGCGUGUUGAUCAAGUUCGACCAUUCCGACGAUGACACCCCCAGUUCUACUGCAGAGCACCCUAAGCCCGUCGCCGAGCCCAAACGAACGGAAAGUGUUGUCGAAACUCCAGUUGCGCGGCAAGCAGAGGCGUACAAGCGCACGAAAUUAGAUGCACCUCAACCAAACCCCGGACAACAAGCUCGACCAAAGAACAAACAGGCCGACAGACCUCGUACCUCUCAACAAGACUUAAGAGUGCCGUCGCAUGUCAUUCAGAAGCGUGAUGAGUUGCGGCUUGUCCGCAAGUCGCUUCCAAUAUGGCCUCAAGCGGACAUCAUCAGAGCAGCUCUGCAAAGAAACAACGUCCUCGUGCUGACCGGAGAGACUGGUUCCGGAAAAUCGACACAAGUGCCGCAAUUUUUGGCCAAUGAGUCCUGGUGUACCGGGUGUAUAGCGAUCACGCAACCUCGAAGAGUGGCGGCGAUCUCCCUGGCACGACGCGUCGCGGAUGAGAUGGGUAGCUUACUUGGAGACAAAGGCCCUACUGCCAAGGUUGGAUAUAGCGUUCGUUUCGACACUGCGGCUGGAAAGCACACCAAAGUCAAGUUUCUGACGGAGGGUAUGCUGCUUCAAGAGAUGCUCAGAGAUCCCAACAUGUUGCAGUACAGCGCCGUUGUAGUAGAUGAGGUCCACGAAAGAAGUGUAAAUGUCGACUUGAUCCUUGGGUUCUUACGCAAUCUAUUAUCCGCUAAAGAAGGUAGCGUGGCGAGGAAGCAUCCGCUCAAAGUCGUAGUAAUGAGUGCUACGGCAGACGUGGAAAGUCUCGUCAAGUUCUUCGGAGACAGUCAGCCUGUGUCGAACACCGAGAAGGCGAUCGCGAAACCUACUACGGAAAGUAAAGGAAACGUUUCGACAUGCUUUGUAGAGGGACGGCAAUACCCCGUCAAAACAGUAUACUUGGCGCAACCAACACAAGACUGGGUCGAAGCAGCUCUCAAGCUCGUCUUCCAAAUACAUUACAAGGAGCCUCUGCCAGGCGACAUACUGGUCUUUCUCACAGGUCAAGAUACUAUCGAGGGACUCGAAAAGCUCAUCAACGACUAUGCUGAGAACAUGGACGACGACGUCCCUAAACUUCUUGCGCUACCUCUUUUCGCCGCCCUUCCACAACACGCCCAACAGCGCAUCUUCCAGCCAACGCCCUAUCGCACACGCCGUGUCAUCCUCGCAACCAACAUCGCCGAAACAUCAGUCACUGUCCCUGGCAUUCGCUUUGUGAUUGACUGCGGAAAAUCGAAGAUAAAGCAAUUUCGCAGUCGCCUAGGUCUCGAAUCGCUGCUUGUGAAGCCUAUCUCCAAGUCCGCAGCUAUCCAACGCAAAGGUCGAGCUGGUCGUGAAGCGCCCGGCCAGUGUUAUCGGUUGUAUACUGAAAACGGUUACAAAACUAUGGAAGAACGUACCACGCCUGAGAUUUUGCGUUGCGACCUCAGUCAGGCUAUUCUGACAAUGAAGGCGCGAGGUGUUGAUGACGUACUCGGCUUUCCAUUCCUUGAUCGGCCACCACGAGAAGCUCUAGAAAAAGCUCUUCUGCAACUACUGCACUUGCAAGCGUUGACAGAUACCGGUGAAAUUAGCGAUAUUGGUCUCAAGAUUGCCAAGUUCCCGCUCAUGCCCACGCUAGGCCGAGUGCUAGUCGAAGCAGCAAAGCCAGAGCGCGACUGCCUACUCGACGUGAUCGAUAUCAUAUCCGCACUCAGCGUCGAAGAGGUCUUCCUGAAUCUUGUCACCGAAGAGCGCAAAGAAGAGGCAGAGGAAGUCCGGCGUGAGCUAUAUCGUCGAGAAGGCGAUCACCUCACACUUCUCAUUACUGUUCAGCGAUACGCCGCCGAACUGAAGUCACAGCGUCGCGCUUGGUGUGACAAGCACUACGUAUCCCACCGCGCAAUGGAGAACGUAAUGAACAUCAGGAAGCAACUGCGGGAACAAUGUAGACAGCAGAAAUUGCUCGCAGCUGACGACAAAGAGUCUGAUAGCGCACCUUCGGAGGCUAGGAGUCAAGCCAUAUUGGCAUGUAUGCUGCGUGGUUUCAUCUCCAAUACAGCAAGAUUGAUGCCAGAUGGUAGCUACAAGACGAUGAUUGGUAACCAAACGGUGGCAAUUCAUCCCAGCUCAGUGCUGUUUGGAAAGAAAUUGGAGGCUAUUGUGUUUGAUGAGUUUGUAUUUACUGGCAAGGCGUGGGCGAAGCGUGUCAGUUCAGUCCAGCUAGACUGGGUGUCUGAAGUAGUUGAGGCCAUCAUGUAA